GCAUUCAUUCAUGCAUAACUGUGUAUGGGGCAAGAGUAUAGCUUACAAGACACUUUGUCACCACACUCAGUUCAAUUAGUCCGUCUCUUUAUGGAAACUCGGUUGACUUUCACAGAUCUUUCGGUGGAUAGCAGUGGAGAAGUGAUGCAUUCAUGCAUACCUUACGUGAAAAGCUCGCGCCCAUGUCGAUGGUGGGUUCAAAGCGCAUCACUUUGCCCACAACCUGCACCAUAUGCGGUCACAUGCUAAUCUAAAGUUUGACCUAUGAGGACAAAACUGGAGUCAACGGGCCUCAGGGUAGCGAAAUGCUGUGCUGAGAUUUCGGUCGCCGAUGUUCGAUCCAGCAUCAGAACAGCAUCAAGAGAGCUUUGCCGAGGGUCGUAUCUUCCGUACAGGCUUCUCAUCCAGUAGCCGACGAGUACAUGUCCAGAGAUAGAUGUACAGCAACAUACAGCGUAUCAUACGUAUGGCAUACGUGUUCGAUCGUUAAGUUGGCCCCUGCUGAACUCGUGUUAUGCAGCAUCUCGAGCAUCAGAUCUUUGACAGUGCAUGUUGUUAUCCUCCAGUGCAGUGAGGGUCAACACAGAGGCACGCUUGUCUGCAAUGCCCAAGUUUCCUCGUGAUUCGAGUGAUCGUUGUAAUCAGAACAAGGUCGAGAGGAAAUUGAAUGCUUGCGUAUGGUAAACCCUCUGGACCGCUGAUAUCAGAGAAUUGAAAAUUCUACGGAUGUGAUGGGUCAACCCUGGAAGGCCUUUCGAUCUCGAGUCACUUGGAUGAUGAGAAGACAUCGGAAUCUAGGCAGCACCAGGAUGUCUAGCAUCCGGAUCGCUUGAAGUGUUUCCCGGGUUCGUCAGGGGUUGGACGAAGAUGAUUCUACACCAAGGGGCAGCUUAGAAGCAGACCAGAUUGUCUCUCACAUGAUCCUGAGCAGGAACAUCGUCAGCCAUCUGCAGCGAGGCGUGGGGAGACUUAAUUUUAGCUUAAGAUGAUGUCAAGGCCGCGCGUUCACUCACCUAUGUAGCCUUCGCUUCGACCCUUGGUGCAGCUAUGGCUGCUAAGGGCAGAGCUCGUCAUCCUCGGUCAGAAUUGCACUCUCGAACGGUCGUUCCUGAGCAGGACCGAGCACUCGAGGCAUCUCGAAGGGCAGGGAAGGCAAGAAAAGUCUCACUUUCGAACAUCCAAACCGACAGGGCUGACCAAUUGGACUCAAAUCCCACGAAUCUGCACUUCGAUAAAGCUCUAACACCACCAGACGCUCCGAGUAAAUCCGAAAGGCUUGUCAGAUUUGGACCACUCGGUCACCGAAGCCAUGAAGCCACAUGAUCCAUCCUGACAACCAAUCACACGCCAGAUUGAUGAGGUCCUGAUCAAUCCGGAGCCUCUGAAACGCAUCCGAAGGACAUCAUAGGCUCGAGAGAGAGGUGGACGAGUAGGAGGCCGGCAACCGAAAGCACUAAACGACGACGUAACUGCAAAUCGCUCCGAGGUCAGCGAUGAAAGAGCAGAGCCAGGUCGUAGACGAAGAGGCAGAAAACCCUGCACGAGCAAACAUGAAAUUGCGCGCUGGCAUGCACCGGCACGGGAGAGAUCCCAACCGUGUGAUAAUGCCAUCAUCCGGAACAUGGCAAAUGCGCAAGGAAUCCUGAUCCACGUUCACGACCGAGCAAGCUGACGGAGAAGAAUCCCGCAAAUCCAGACGAGCACCGGCGAGGCCAAAUCCUGCGAGCUCAUGAUCAUCAAUCCGUAAGGCACUGUGGAACCCGCGGGCUCAUGCUUGCGUGCGAGUCCACAUCAAUCACUGCCAUGCGAUCACAGAUGACAGAGUAAAAUGAGCGUCCAGAAUGCCAACCAGCUGCGAAUCUGUUGUAACCAGGAAUCUGCCAUCGUCGAUCGCAGCGUUGUCCGAUUCCUGCCAUUCGUUCGGAUCGACAGGAAUAUGUGGGUCCCAAAACCUGGGGCGGGAAUGUUUGUUGGCACGCACGCACGCUCGCACGCCCGCACGAUGUUUGUCUUGCGGCUCGCUCCAUUGGGCCGGCCGGGCGGGCAGAGCUCCCGGCCUUCUCUGCUCACGAGAGUCGAGCGAGCGAGCGAGCCGAGGUCGGGACUCGGGUGGCGCAGGCCUCUCGCGAAUCGCACGACACGGUUCUCGAGCGCUCCCUCCCUCCCUCCCUCGCAGAUCCGAGCCACGAGCCGAGCAGACAUGAGGCGUCCUCGUGGAUCGGCGACGACGAGCGGCAUCUUGUCUCAGGGUUCGAAGAAAGCAUGCGCCCGCGACGUCGCGAAGGUCGUCGUCGUCGUCAUCGUCAUCAUCAUCGUCGUCGUCGUCGAAGCGAGGCGAGAGGCGAGAGGAGGCGGGGCUCUGUCGUCGACCUCGACCUCGAGCGAGUCGAGGGAGGAAGUCGAGGCGAUGCCGGCAGGGCCAGGGCGAGGCGGGUCGAGGCAGAGCCGGGCGAGGCGCGGGAAACAGACGCUGGCGGGAGCAGCACGUGCAGCGAUGACGUUUGUGGAAUUGGGUGCGAGGAUUCUCGAACGGAAUCGGCUGUUUGGAACCGUCGAAUGAAUGGCGACCUCAGAGCGCAAGAGUCAAAGCGGAGCUCGCUGCGGGCUCGAGCAGGCAGAGGAAGAGGAAGAGGCAGAGGGCGAGGGUGAGGGCGAGGCAGGUGCGCGGGCAGGCCCGGGAUGGGGACGGGGAUGGGGGAGGGCAGCGAUGCAUGGGGUGAGGAAGAGUGCUGCCGCGCGAUGGCUGGCCGGCAUGUGGUCGACAGUACGAGGAGCUAUCCCGGCCUCGUGGAGAGGCGGGGAUUGGCUCGAUGGGAGAAUUGCGAAGGUGCGAGAUUCUGGGUUAUCCGAAGUUGGUUGGAGCGAAAGGGGCAAGAUUCGCAUCAUGUGAUGGAGUUGUUUAUGCAAGCGCCGCGUGAGCGUGAGCGUUCUCUGAUAGGGAAUCGAGCUGCCCCGAGACGAGGAUGCGGCUGCUCGUGCAUUAAGGAAUCUGUGCUUUUUGUUUUGUUCUAGCGAGCGCGCUCCGAGCUGCAGCUCUCGCGGCCGAGGGCUCGAAUGCACAUUGCGGUUCUUCUCGUGAUGCUCUGAUUGCGUAGCCACGCUUUGACCGAUUGAUGUUUUGGAGUGGGCCGUCAGGACGAGAAAGAAGGUGAGUUGCGUGCAGGAAUGGAACACUCGGCAGACGGAAUCUGGCCAAGGCCAUAACGCCCUCACUCUCUUUCUCUUUCUCCUCCUCCUCCCUCCCUCCUUCCUCUUCCUUCGUGUUUGGCUUUAGAGCUCCGGCUUUAGGUUGUCCCUAAACCCUGGCUCGAGAGUCCGCCUCGGAGGUUUCUUCUGCUGCAUCUUUUACAAGGCCUCAACUGUAGCGGUUGUUUGCUUUGGAUUUAAGAGGACGCUAACACUAAUGCCUCUUGAAAUUCGCUAACGGUGGUUUACUUUGCAUCCAAAAUGCCCUCGGGCUCAGAAAAGCCCGCACCACCGUCCUUUGUUUUGAUCCGGUACGAGAAUAUCAGCGCAGAUGGAUGAUGCUGCUGCUGCAGCAGCUCCAGCACCAGCACCACCAGCAGCUUUAUAACAAUCUCCUCUCCCUCCCGGACUCUCAUGUCAUCCAUUCACUUUCCUCUCUCCCUCUCUCCCUCCCUCUCUCUCUCUCUCUCUCGCUUGCUUUCUCUGGCUCUCUGGCUCUCAGGGCGAGCGAGCGAGCCAGAGGCAAAGUGUUUCGGACACCUCAAAGCUUGUGUCUGAGUGUCUGAGCGGAGGGGGAGUUCCGAGUUCCAGGUUCUAAUCCAGAGGGUCUGGUCUGUACAUGCACUGUACCAUAUCUGCUGGUUCAAUCUAUUAUUGGAGCGCUCGGGCACUCACGUGUCCGAUUAGCAUUCCUGUUCGCAACCCUAACCUCUGAGCAGUUUUUGGAAAGCCACAUGUUUCCUCAAUUUGGACUUCAUGUACAUGCCACGGAGCUGGUCGCUGUCAGCCAUUGUCGACAUGGUGGGGGGGCGGGGAUCUGAUUGAUGGGCUCGGGGUCGGUACGUGUUCCGGUUGACUCCUGCAGGCAAGACCGUUAACUAACCCGCUUGGCCCAGUGCCGAGCCACGCGUCUCGCAGUCUUGGAACGUGCUGAGGUUCAGCUCUCUGAGCUUGUGGAUUUGACUCGUGCAUAAGUCCGCGCCUGCGCUGCAGUGCAGUCUUAUUAUCUAUCCCAAGAGCCGGGCCGUGGCCGUGUCGAUACUUCUAAGUUCGCUCCGCAUGGAAAGCCUGGGAUUGAAUUUUGUGAGCCUCGUGAGGCCUGAUGUGGUUCCGACAUCAGAUUCGUCACCCAUGCCCACCUCGCUGGCUUCCUUCGCGUGCCUGCCCCCGCCUCUGCUCGGGGCCGAGGCCGAGCCGGAAGCCGAGCCCGGCGGCCUAAUUUCGCUUCUGCAGAAGAUUCAGAGUGCAGCUUUCCAGACCUCCGGUGUCAAUCCGGAUGCCUUCGAUCCCAAGCCCUUCGUGGAUCUCCCUCUGCGCUUCGGUCUGCGCGAGACCGAAGCUGCAUUCGAUGCUCUCCAUCGAAGCUUCGACGGAACCAUUUCCGUCGACACCUUCUUAGCGUUUCUGGAGCAGUUCUUUGAAGAAGCGGGAUCCGACAUUCAAGUCUCGCUGCCUGUGGACUACCAAGCGGAGCCGCUCGGGUUCUUGAAGAACGUGCACAAUUUGGACGUUCGGAACUGGGCCCUGCAGGUGCAUUCCAAAUGGUUAGAGCUGACUCGCCUCACGGUGCAAGCGGUCCGAGACCAUCCGGACCGCCACACUCUGCUUCCAUUGCCCCACCCCGUGGUGGUCCCUGGAUCCAGAUUCAGGGAAGUGUAUUACUGGGACAGUUACUGGGUCAUUCGAGGCCUGCUCGUGAGCAAUAUGGUGGACACAGCCAAGGGCGUCGUGCUCAAUCUGCUGUCACUGGCAGAAACCCUGGGGUUUGUUCCCAACGGCGCGAGAUCGUAUUAUUCGAACCGGAGCCAACCCCCUCUUCUGAGCCAAAUGGUGCAGUGUGUAUAUGCGGCCACGAAGGACAUUCUGCUGCUCGAACAAGCUCUGCCAAUUCUGAUCCGAGAGUACUCCCGGUGGACCAGCGGCCCGCACAUGGUGAAAAUUUCCAAAGGAGGCCGGACGCAUCAGCUCAGCAGAUACUAUGCAUUCUGGAACAAGCCCCGGCCGGAAUCGUUCACCAUCGACAUCGAAGUAGCUGCCAAUGUGCCCGAGGAUCUGCGCCCGCAGUUGUAUCUGGACAUAGCCUCGGCGGCCGAGAGUGGAUGGGAUUUCAGCUCACGCUGGAUGGAGGAUCCGGAGAGGCUGCAGACCUUGCGAACGACGCACAUCAUUCCAGCUGAUCUCAAUGCGUUUCUGUACCAAAUGGAAGGCAAUAUCAGCACCUUCGCCUCAAUUUUGGGCGCGAAGUAUGUGGGCGAUCAGUUCGCUGCGUUUCAAGCUGCCCGCAAGACUGCCAUGGACGCCAUCUUGUGGAGUGACGCAAAAAGUCAAUGGCUCGACUACUGGCUGCCGAAAGAUGGCUUGGUGCCCUAUGUGUUCGAUCCGAGUGCACAGAACGAGCAGAAUCUUGCAUCCAACUACGUCGCUCUUUGGGCCGGUCUCUUGAAGAACGAGAAACCUGGACGUGCUUUGAGAGUUGUACAUGCUCUCAAAACCUCUGGGCUGCUGCAGAAUGCGGGGAUUGCGACCACCGACUUAACCACAGGACAGCAAUGGGAUGCACCCAAUGGUUGGGCUCCGCUGCAGCACAUGGUGAUAGAAGGGUUGGCUCUCUUGGGCGAAAGCGCAGGAACUGAGCUCUCUGUCGACAUUGCUCGGCGCUGGCUGACGACCAACUUCCGGACAUACAAACACACGGGGCAGAUGCACGAGAAGUACGAUGUGACCAAUUGUGGAUCUUACGGAGGCGGUGGUGAAUACGAGCCGCAGACAGGAUUUGGCUGGAGCAAUGGAGUGGUGUUGUCAUUGCUGGACCAGAUAGGCUGGCCUGCGGAUCUCGAGAUGAGCAAGUGAAUCGGGAAAUCUGCGAUUCUCCCGCAUUCUUCCUUGUUUCAAAAUUAGCGUAGAGUAGUAAUUCAGCAAUUUGUUGAAAGUCCAGUGACAGAGAAACUCGUCGGAAUUUCCUCUGGUUUCGAGCUCAGAAUUCGGGAGAACGGUAAAAUCACGCACCGUGUAAUCUGACAGCGUUCUACGAAAGAUUCAAACGUGAUCUACCUUCUGCCGUAGCUACUCUUGUACAAAUAUUUAUGUCGUAUGUAAAGUGCUUAUACACAAUAAAGGGAGUGUGCUUCGAGCACGAACAAAAC